AUGCAUAAUGUCCAAGCAUAUGGGUACCCUACGCCUCCGGCCUCGCCAUCGUACGACGACCAAAAGUGCGUUUUCCAGCAGCCGUUUGUCGUGCCGCCAGUUUGCCAAAGUCGGUACACUCCUCCUGCGCCGGAAGAGCGGUUGGGGAAGUUCCUCGGGGAGAGCCUGCAGCUGAUCGAAAUCCUGGGUACCGGCGCAUAUGGCGUCGUCUACUUGGCCGUCGACGUGAAGAGCGGAAUACGGUACGCCGUGAAGACGCUCAGCAAAUUCAACAUGGACGGGUCGCCUCUGGACCGACGACAAGUUGCUUUCCAGCACCAGGAACUACGACUCCACCACGUCGCCUCAGCCCACCCAAACGUGGUGUCCAUGCUUAAGAUUGUGGAUGAUCCAGACUGCACAUAUGUUGUUCUUGAAUACUGCCCGGAGGGAGACCUCUUCUUCAACAUUACCGAGUGCGGACAAUACGUGGGUAAGGAUGACUUGACCCGGAGUGUCUUCCUGCAAAUUUUGGAUGCCGUUGAGUACUGCCAUGCCCUUGGCAUUUACCACCGGGAUCUGAAACCGGAGAACAUACUGGUCUCUAACCACGGAGAGACGGUCAAGCUUGCCGACUUCGGUUUGGCCACAUCAGCCGACCGAUCCGAGGAUUACGGAUGCGGAUCAACCUUUUACAUGUCACCAGAAUGUUUGGAUCCUUCAUCCCAGAGGCCAUUCUACUUUUGUGCCCCCAAUGACGUAUGGAGCCUCGGAGUUAUUCUGGUGAAUCUUACCUGCGGACGCAACCCAUGGAAGCAGGCAUCUUUUGAGGAUUCCACGUACCAUGCCUUCACCCGGAAUCCGGAUUUUCUUAAGACUAUACUACCAUUGUCGGAUGAACUGAACGACAUACUGGGACGGAUCUUCACUCGCAAUCCAGACCAAAGAAUUACGUUACCGGAACUCAAGAGCAGUAUCCUUGCUUGUUCCCGAUUCACCAUCCUAGCCACGGGCGCUGCCCAGCAGCUACCACUGUCUCCGCCAGCAUCACCGGAGCCUAUUGAAUACGUUGACUGUGAGGACGCCGUCAUUGACGACUUCACAUACGAUACACCACUCUCACCAGCCUCCGACUCGGAUGGUGAAUCGACCUGCUCAUCUGACGAAGGAUCUUUAACCUCCAGUUGUUCGACUCUUGAUGAUUUGGACGACGAGGACUUUAUUCCAGAGGAUGAGUUGCCUCCCCAACAGGAACUCCACAUGUUUGAUCUGGAAGAACAACAAAAGGCGUUGUUUCCACAGGAAUUCGUGCCUCAGUUUCCUGGAACCAUGGCAGAGCCCUGCCAACGUGGACAACCCUGUCAUCCGUGUCAAGUUUCGGUUCCCAUUCAAGUCAAUUGUGGACCCAAAUUCCCUAACUUCCCUUUGUUCUGGGAAAUGGUGAACCGAUACACGCAACAGGUGCCGAUGCAUCACCCGGCUCCUUGCCAUCAUCCAGCCCCCCUCUUUGGCAACCUGCGAGGCUGCUACUAG